AUCCUGAUCUUACGAUAACUUCAUUUCAUAAGAAGUGUUCGCAGGUGUUGACAAGAUUAGGUACCAGUCGGUUCCCAACUAAAAACAGUUUUCUCUGAUAAUUUUUACCUGAUUGUUUUUAUUUGUACUCUUGCGUGGCUGCACAAAAGCAUAUCAAGCAUCUUCAUUCCUAUUAAAAUACAGUUACCUACCAUGAAUACGCCGCCAGUUAAAAAAUCAGACAAAAAGGAUGCUGAAAAUACUAGCUUAAAAAUGAAUGCAACUCAAAACAUAUGGAAUCAACUGAAGCUGUCAAAUCCUCUAUAUCAAGAAGUGGUUUCAACAUACACCAUACCAAUAACGUUUUGUGUACUUCCAGCGUAUAUCGAUGAAAUAUGGAUGUCAAUAAAAAACGAUCAAUCGGAAAUAUAUCAAAUGUACACAGAAGAUAGCUGUAGAGAUGUCUUGAAAAAGGUUAUGUUAAUAUUAGCAGAGGCAAAAGUAUGUUGUGCUCAAAGAACCAUUCCUUUAGAAAGACAUUUAGGUGAGCUCCCUCAAAAACAUCUGUACUUUCACGAAGAAUUACUCGAGUUGAAUUCUCUAGUUGAAGACUUACCUUACCCUCUUGCCGCUUAUCUAGAGUGCAUUGGCGUUUUCCCAGAAGGAAAUAGAACUUUGAUACCAGUGUUAGCUAAGUCGCAAGAUGGUCGUUUAGAAGAAUCUAGAUUAAUAUCUUAUGCUCCACGUUACAUGGAGACUUCAUGGCCUGAUAUCGAAAGAAAAUCGACGUCAGCUAUUCUUCAAGAUUUUCCAAGCAUCAUCUUCGACAAAAACGAUAGGUUGUCACCAUCCUUUUAUUCGUUUUGGUUCGUUUGUGAUAAAAUUUGUCUAUCCGAAAGUGAUAAGAGAAUAUUUCGAGGGAUUGCAUCGGAUUUUACUGGUUUGAAGACUCAAAUAAACCUUCUAAAUGGACGUGGAAACCUUUCUCAGAUCGUACAAACUCCAGAAUGGUCCAUCGAUAGCCCAAUUGAAUUUUAUUCAACGAUUAGCUGUUCUGAAUUUUAUCUGAAAUUAGGCGCAGCCUUUGGUUUCACUUACACCCAAAGCCGCAAAGUGCAACAGUCAAGAUAUUACUGUAAUGAUAUAACUGCCCACAGGAUAGCUGAAGUUACACCUACAAAUGUUAUAAAAUGUAUUUUGAAACAUUCAAAAAAAAUUGAAGCAUAGUUAACAAUCUGGAUGUCGAACUUUAAUUGUAAUUUGCUGUUAUUGUUAUUUUAUGUGAAUUAUUAAAGGCCUUUGUCCUAA